AGCAGUUGUUAGUCCCCGGACAAUAUGGUGGACGAACUGGAGGAGUUGGAGGAUUUGGUGCAUGUCACUGUUGGGGACCUGCCGAAUCGGGGCUAUGGCGUUAUGGAAGAGAUACGUCGGCAGGGCAAGCUAUGCGACGUCACACUUAAGGUCGGGGAGCAUAAAUUCAGCGCCCACCGGAUUGUGUUGGCUGCGUCUAUCCCGUAUUUUCAUGCUAUGUUUACAAAUGACAUGGUAGAAUGUAAACAAGAUGAGAUUGUCAUGCAAGGAAUGGACCCCAGCGCACUGGAAGCUCUGAUAAAUUUUGCAUACAAUGGGAACCUUGCUAUAGACCAGCAGAAUGUUCAGUCCCUGCUCAUGGGUGCCAGCUUCCUGCAGCUGCAGAAUAUCAAGGAUGCCUGCUGUUCGUUUCUGAAGGAAAGAUUACACCCGAAGAACUGCUUGGGCGUGCGCCAAUUUGCAGAAACCAUGAUGUGCGCAGUGCUGUACGAUGCAGCCAACCGCUUUAUUCAUGAGCACUUUGUGGAGGUCUCCAUGUCUGAAGAGUUCCUGGCCUUGGCCUUCGAUGAGGUUUUGGAGCUGGUCUCCCGGGAUGAGCUAAACGUGAAGGCUGAGGAGCAGGUAUUCGAGGCAGCUCUUGCGUGGGUGAGGUUUCAACGGGAGCAGCGAGAAGCUUUUUUACCAGAACUACUGUCAAAGAUCCGCCUUCCUCUGUGCAAGCCGCAGUUUCUCACUGACCGCGUGCAACAAGAUGACCUGGUUCGCUGCUGUCAUAAAUGCCGGGAUCUUGUGGAUGAAGCAAAGGACUAUCACUUAAUGCCAGAACGUCGGCCGCACCUGCUUGCAUUUAAAACCCGCCCACGCUGCUGCACAUCUAUAGCGGGGCUUAUCUAUGCAGUGGGAGGACUCAACUCUGCAGCAAAUUUUUAUGCAGGUGACUCCCUCAACGUAGUGGAGGUCUUUGAUCCAAUCGCCAACCACUGGGAGAAGUGUCAACCAAUGACAACGGCUCGCAGUCGAGUUGGUGUGGCUGUUGUAAAUGGACUUCUGUACGCCAUUGGUGGUUAUGACGGCCAAUCCAGAUUGAGUACAGUAGAGGUGUAUAAUCCAGAGACAGACGUUUGGACAAAAGUAGGAAGCAUGAACAGCAAGAGAAGUGCCAUGGGGACGGUGGUGUUGGACGGACAGAUUUAUGUCUGUGGAGGGUAUGAUGGGAACUGCUCGCUUAAUUCUGUUGAGACGUAUUCACCUGACACUGACAAGUGGACAGUUGUUACUCCCAUGAGCUCCAAUCGCAGCGCGGCUGGCGUGGCUAUAUUUGAAGGCAGAAUAUAUGUGUCAGGAGGACAUGAUGGAUUGCAGAUCUUUAACACUAUGGAAUACUACAACCAUCACACAGCUACUUGGCAUCCGGUGGCGAGUAUGCUGAACAAGCGUUGCCGACAUGGCGCUGCCUCUCUGGGGAGCAAGAUGUUCAUUUGCGGAGGAUAUGAUGGAUCAGCUUUUCUAAGUGUCGCUGAGGUGUAUAAUUCUAUGGCAGAUCAGUGGUACCUCAUAACACCCAUGAACACUCGUCGUAGUCGUGUUUCUUUAGUAGCCAACUGUGGCCGCCUUUAUGCUGUGGGUGGUUAUGAUGGGCAGUCGAACUUGAACUCCGUAGAAAUGUAUGACCCUGAAACAAACCGCUGGACGUUUAUGGCUCCCAUGGUGUGUCAUGAAGGAGGAGUGGGCGUAGGUUGCAUACCGCUCCUUACCAUAUAGCAUCAGAGGAAUGCCAGAUCCUACACUCGUAGGAAGAGCCUCAAUGUAUGAUUUUGUUAAUGUGAAUAUCAAUGAAAUAAGGUACAUCUCCAGGUGCUCAAGUCUUUACUCUUCCUACUGUCUAUUGCCCUUUUUAUAAUCCACAAAUUGGUUUCAGACAAUCUGCUUUUACAGAGGCAUUAAUUUAACACAAGGAAUGUAUUUAUUAACCAGUCUCUCAAGAUCUGGUGACCCAAGACAGGAGACGGUCUUCGUGUCCAGAAUAACAUGGACUCCUUGCAGGUUUUUAUCAUGAACUCCAUUUGGUUCCAGAGCUGCUAUGAUCAUAACAAUGUAGCUGUUGCACCAAAGUAUUUUGUAUGUUGUGCAUAUAAUGCUAUACCCUGCACAGUGGAGGGGGCAUAGUGGCUACAUUGUCACUACGCUUGCAAUUAAAGGGCGUUCAUCUGAUUUGCUUUAGUGUAUAGUUAACAUGGACCUAGUGUAAGAUUCAGAUAAAAGUAUACUGUUUCUUUAAAAGUACAUGUUCCUCUGUUGUCCUAUUGAUUGUACUAAAAUAUUCUGGUGGUUAAAUUACAUGUCAAGUCAUCAGAUCUGCAAACUAUAGAUCCUUUUCCAACAUACCUUGGUGUGGCGACCAAAAAUAACAAUAUUUUGCUUUAUUGUUUCCGUUCAACUCAGAAUGCCAUUGACAAAUUAAAUCAGAAGAUAAUUCUACACUU